UAUGCCCUAUUAUUUACUAUCCUAAAAAAAUUGUAGAAACGUAAAAUGGCGGCUUCGGCUGCUGUCAAAGCGCAGCACAGUAGUGAAGUUAAGACACAAUUUUGUACGAAAGAAGGAUGCUAUAAGUCUCUAAAGUUUUCUGAUUACUCGAGACCUGCUCGUCUCGCAAAUAAUGCAAGCAAUAAUAUACCAGUAAAAUUAUCUUUUGUUACUUUAAAAGGUGUCCCUGAAGGCGAUUGUGAAGAUAAAAUAGCAUUCAAUGUUGGUAGAGACAUGUAUUUUUACAAUUUUCGUGGAACAAAAAAGGCUCCUGAUUUAAAUGAGCCUAUUGAUCGACGGGCAUAUAAAGGUCCUCAGCCAACAUGCCAUGAUAUUAAUAUGAUCACUCGUACUCCCACAAGCAUUGAGUUGAUUAUUGGAUUUACCGCUGGACAAAUUCAGUUAGUGGACCCAUUAAAAAGAGAAUGCAGGAAAUGUUUUAAUGAUGAGAGAUUAAUUGAAAAAGGUGCAGUUACUUGUGUUAAAUGGGUACCUGGCAGUGAGUCUAAGUUUUUAGUUUCUUACAAUAAUCCAAAUAUUUAUAUGUAUGAUAAAAACCUUCCUAGUAUAGACAUAGAACCUCAACUUCAAAUGAUUAAAAAAGGUAGUGGCUAUGUUGUUAACAUUAUGAAAAAUAAGCCUGAGUGCAAUCCUCUAUGUCGUUGGAGUGUAGGCCAAGGAGGUAUUAACGAAAUUUGUUUUUCACCAGACUGUAAACAUUUAGCUGUAGUUAGUCAAGAUGGAUAUCUGCGAGUAUUUGAUUUUGAAAAACAAGAACUGAUUAGCAGUAUGCGUAGUUAUUUUGGUGGUGUGUUAUGUGUUUGUUGGAGUCCUGAUGGUCGUUAUAUUGUUACAGGUGGAGAGGAUGAUUUAAUUACUGUUUGGUCUUGUCAUGAACAACAAGUUAUUGCACGAGGUGAAGGUCACAGAUCUUGGGUUAAUGUGGUAUCGUUUGAUGCAUAUACUACUCAAGUCAAAGACCAAAUGUCUUUAAAUAGUGAUGAUGAAGAUUAUCCUAAAAACUCAUGUAAUCAUAUAAACAAUGUCCGAAAAAAUGAAACUAUUGUAUCAUAUCGAGUCGGAUCAGUUGGAGAUGAUACUCAACUUUUGUUGUGGGAUAUCAGUGAAGAUAUUUUAAAGCCAGAACGAAUAAGGACGCGUAGUAAUCGUGGUAGUACAUUAGCAACUAUACAGCCAGUUUUAUCAUACUCUAGUCAAACUAUGAAAGUAGGUAACCAUACAAAAAACUUUAAAAAUCCACUUGUUGAUUCACAAACGACCAAUAAAUAUACUACUUAUAAAAGACAUAAUUCUCAGCCCGAUCCUCCAAAAUUGACUAUCGAUAGAGACGAUUUAAUUCUUGGAUCAAAAAUAUGUCCUCGCAUGAAUGAAUGUAAAAAAAUUGAACCACUUUUAGCAAAAAAGAUUGCUUACGAUCGUUUGAGUGCGUUAGUUUUUCGCGAAGAUUGCAUAGUUACUGGAACUUAUGAUGGUUAUGUUCAUGUAUGGGCCCGACCAAAUGGAGCGGAUGCCCUUGAUGUUGGUACGUUGAUUCAAUGAAAUUGCGAUUAGUAUAGAUAUUUUUUUAUGCCUUAAUGAGUUUCCGAUCAAUAGAAAUUCACAGCUGAAAAUAUACUACAAUUUUACUUAUCGAUGUUUUUUACCGAGUUUUUGGUAACAAAGUACGUUACCAUUAAUACGAUAUAUACGCUACGAUCACAAAAUUAAUGCUCAUCUAAACCUGUGUAUUUUAUAACUCAUUAUCUAAUGAGCUUUAAGAAUAAAAAAUGUAUGCAUACUG